AUGGCUUCUUACUCCUUAUGUCUUUCUACUGGUGCGAUCAUCAGCUUCCCUAUCGGCUGGCUAUUCAGGGACUCAAAGGACAUGGUCGUCUCUUGGCUAAAGGGUAUAUCGAUUGUGUUACAGAUCCUGGUCGCUGGCGAUAUCUUGCAUCACCCUAUUCUUGGUGUUGGAAAUGCUUACAUCGUACGGUCUAUGACAAUACUGUCUAUUGCGCCCGAUGCCGCACCCGCAAUGAAAGACCCUAGAGGCGCCGUGCGUAUUGUGGAAGUAGGACCGCGGGACGGCCUACAAAAUAUCAAAGACCAUGUGCCAACGUCAGUGAAAAUCGAGUUGAUUCGACGACUGCGCGGAACGGGUCUGCGAACCAUCGAGUUGACAUCGGUAGUCUCUCCUCGAGCGGUUCCACAGUUAUCGGAUUGUCGAGAUGUGCUGCGCAUGGAAGAUAUCGAGACGCUGCAUAAGGAACCUAAUGUCCGUCUCCCAGUAUUAGUUCCUAAUAUGAAGGGCCUGGAUAUAGCACUCGAAUACGAUGUAAGGGAGGUUGCGGUCUUUAUCAGCGCCACAGAGGGGUUUAGUAAGGCCAAUAUCAACUGCACCGUGGAGGAGGGCUUAGAAAGAGCGAGGAAUAUUGCAGAGAAGGCGACUAGCCGUGGGCUGGCUGUCAGGGGAUAUGUGUCAUGUAUUUUCUCCGACCCCUUUGACGGCCCAACGGCGCCACCCGCGGUGCUCCACUGCGUGAGGGAGCUGCUCGAGAUGGGAUGCUAUGAGGUUAGCCUUGGAGAUACACUGGGUGUCGGCUGCCCCGAUAAAGUAAGAAGUCUUUUGACGUACCUGGAGGAGUAUGGCAUCUCUCUCGAUCUGUUAGCGGGCCAUUUCCAUGAUACCUACGGUCAAGGGGUAGCCAACACUUGGGAAGCAUAUAACUGUGGGCUUCGUGUGUUUGAUAGCAGUAUCAGCGGCCUGGGGGGUUGUCCUUAUGCACCGGGCGCCAAGGGAAAUGUUGCCACGGAAGACCUAGUUUAUAUGUUUCACAAUGCGGGUAUUGACACUGGUCUUGAUAUGCUGAAGCUGGUCGAAACUGGCUUGUGGAUAUCCUCAAGACUGUCAAGGGAGAAUGCCAGUCGGGCUGGAAUAGCGCUCGCGAAUACACACGGACUGGUGCCUCCACCGCGCCAUACGGAACACACACCGACCAAGGCAGUAACUUCUUGGGCCCCAGUGGACACCAAGGGCAGGAUACUGACAUAUCGCUCGGGCGGCAACUUUAAGAUUGUAGUCAACCGACCGAAAAGGGGCAACGCGUUGACGCAAAAGAUGGUCGCGAACCUUAUUGCUAUCAUCGCAAGUUGCAACAAGGACCCUUCCCUCCUGAAUAUUAUCAUCACCGCAACCGGAGGAUACUUCUGCAUGGGAGUUGAAAGUGGAAAGAGUAUGCCAUUCAUUGCUCAGGGCGCUUCAAAAACUCCCCGGCCAAAUUAUCUUGCUGCCUUACUGGAAUUGAUGAAACAUUCACCCAAAACGACAGUUGCAUGCAUAAAUGGUCACGCUUUCGGUGGCGGUGUCGAUUUAGCGCUGGCUUGUGAUGUCAGGAUUAGCCUCAGGGCAGCGACCUUGACAUUUACUGAAGCGACAUUUAAACAAGCUAGGAAUGCUAGUUCGAAGUGGAAGAGCGCUUUUAUACGCAACGCAGUUUUCUCUACUCAUUCCACUACGGCGGAAAAGCUGAACUCAGUAGGGGUUAUAUCUGAAAUUAUGGAAGACCAGGGACAACUACGGGACGGUCUCGAUGAUUUACUCCUGCGAUUGAACAACUCCAGACCUGCUAAACCACGGGUGUCCAGGGAGUUUUCAGGGUCGUUGAGGGCGAGUGCGAGGUGGGAUGCGCAAGUUGAUACUCCUGAUGAGACUUUGUUCAAAACGAUGGAACUUGAUAUUGGUCAAGGGGACUUAAAAGCAUCCUACAGCGGACGUAGAGAUGACCUGAAACGAGCGUUGAAGAGCGUGCCCGGCAUUACAAUCUCCAUGGUUCACGGCUCGAGCACUUACGCGAAAGCCUACGGCAUUGGAGAAUUUCCAGGCAAAAUGAUGACCGUUGAUUCUCUGUUCACAACGUGCAGCACAACCAAAGCCUUCACUGCUGCUGCGCUAUCUAUGGUGGCGGAUGACAAAAAACAGACACCCUCGCCGCUUAGCUGGGAUACGUCAACAACAUCCUUGAUUCAAGAUGGCUUUGUUUUAGCCGACGACUAUGCCACAAUGAAUACUACACUGGAAUAUGCUCUGUCGCAUCGGUCUGGCUUACCGGGCCAUGUAUUUGCGAUGACAGGCGCAUAUCUAGACGAAACGUUGCGCGAAGCGGUCCGGAAACUCAGACACCUUCCGCUAGCAUAUCCACCGCGAACGACGUUUGACUAUUGCAACAAUAUGUUUAUGGUAGUGUCUUAUGUUUUGGAGCAGAUCACAGUCGAGUCGCUGAGGGAGUUUCUACGAAAGCGCAUCUGGAACCCACUCAAUAUGAAAGAUACGUACUUUUCUGUCCAGGAUGUCAAAAAGUGUCCAUUAACUAGUCCAAAGUUGGUCCAAGGUUACACGUGGGUUCCAGAAAAGGGCUGCUAUGUGGCCGAGCCACAUAUGAAUUAUGCACCCACGACGGGAGCAGGAGCCACGGUCAGCAACGUUCUCGAUUAUGCAGAAUGGUUGCGAGCCAUGAUAUACAAAAAAGCACCAAUAUUGCCAGAAGGACAUGCAUCCCUCAUUCGUCCCCGGACCAGAGACGAUAAGGAUACUGUUGAGAGCUGGGCUGUAUAUGGGAUAAUGGUGGGCUUCAUAGCUGAAAAGGCUAGAAACGCGCAGCUGGAGUUAUACUUAUACCUCAUCGAUGCGUUAUUGGGAGUGUCGGGCAGUGAGCGGGCAGAGUUUAUCGAAAAAAUGACGAUGAGGAUGGCUGAAGUCAUGGGAAAAAGCUCAGAGGGCAUCUACGAGACGAAGAAACGAUUAUUCCCUUCUCUGUCUGCCAAGUCACUUCCUCACUCCCUCCCAUUGCAUGCGUAUGCUGGAAUCUACAGCCGUUCAGGUUAUGGCAUCAUUCCAUUAAGGGUCAAAGAUGGACACUUACAGGCGGACCUCAGCGAUAGGGUGGAAGCGAUGACCAUCCAUUUGGAACAUACAGCCGGGGAAUUUUUCGUGGAGAGAGCAUGUAUAGCCACUAUGUCUAAGUGUCUCCGGGCUGAAUUCUAUCUCGACUCAGCUGGGGCGGCACGGAAACUUGGGAUAGAGUUCGAGCCAGCAUUAGGGGGGCAGAAAAUUUGGGUUGGCCGCUGUGGAUAA